CCCCCAUUCACUCCUUAUUCCAUUUCUUAUUUCAGUCCCACCCAUACACGCCCCCCUUGUCACCCGCCGCCUCCCCAGGACUGUUCUUGUGGCCCGAAGCAACUGCAAUUUACAUCCUCGAACGCGAAACGUGUCCUCUCCUCCCGACGACCUUCUUUGUUAAUUGGAUCCUCGCUUUUAAUCGCCUCAUAAUUACAUCGCCCGUUGCCCCUGCCACGUAUACUUAUCUAUAUCUCCAAGGCCGUGCUUGCUUCUCGAGUUGCGUCCAAGCCAAUCUAUCUUGUCUCAAGCUUGCUGUUUCUUGAACUCCCCGCCACCGAGACACUGCGCAACAACAUCCACGUUUAUACAUAUACCCGCACGGUGAUACACGACUGCCAACAUGGUCCAAUCCGCGGCCCCUGCGUCUUCAGAGAUUGCCCAUCACUCUCAAGCUCAACCGUCGUCACAACCCGCUCCGUCGCUCGAGCAGUCGAAGGGUAGCCCCAGUGGCCUGCAUCAGCCUACAAUGCCCGGCGACAUGCAAACACAACAGAUGCCAACCCCCAUGGGAGCUUACCGGCAACCAGACCAAAGAGCACUUCACCCCCACGCCCAGCCACAAGAUAGCAAGACAGGUUACAACCAGUCUCCCCGCGAGUCAUGGCGCCCGUCCCCCCAGCCUGCCAAGCCGAGCAUCGCAAGUGGAUCUUCACAUACACCGGGUGAUCACGACGGCGAGAGCCAGGUUACCGCCAGUCGUCUGGGCCCAGGAGACCACCAUGAUAGGGCAGAGAGCGAGGCUGUCACUGCCAAGCAAGAUUUGACUUCUGGUAUCUCCCCUUCUCAGAGCCCAGCGCACCAGGAGCCCAGCCUCGACUCACUCGCCAAACUGCGUCAAUUCAAGCGCGAAGUUGAAGCCUCUCGCCAAACCAAAUCAUCCUCGGUUGAACUGGAUCCCUCAAGACUGGCAAAGAUGGCCGAGUCGUUCCUCUUGUCCCAGAAUCAGCCGACGUCACAACAAAAGUCAUCCCUCUCCCAAUCUUCGUCCACAUCGCCAUUUAUACCCCUGGCACAAAAUGGGUCGGCAACCGCGACGGAAGACGAUGAGAAGGAGAAGUUUAUCAGGGAACAGCAGCUGAAAGAACAACUCAGGGCAAGAGUCGACCGAGCCGGAGUGGCGGGUAAACCCAAGGAGCAGUCCCCUUCUACCAAUCAACAACAGUUGCCUAGUAGGCGGCCUCGCGCUGAAGAUCUGAUUGAUCCGGGAACUCAAUCUGCUGCAACUGCACCGAUCCCGACCGGUCCAGCUGCUUUGUCGCACGAUCCGGUCGACCCACGUCUUCGUCGUCCGCCACCAGGGGGUCCCGCGCUUAGCCAUCCACUUCCACCCCAUCCAAUCCCCAAUGGCCCUCCAGCCCUCCACAAUCUUCCGCCCACAACCUCAGCGCCAGCUCCAGGUAGCAAUUUUGAGCCCAGCGAGAGGAAUUUCGUCCCGGCAAGGUUCAGGGAUGGAAAGGGAGGUGUACCGGUCUUUGGAUCAUUCAAAAAGCAUGGAUCGGACAAUGAUUUGCCUGUCUAUCCUAGGGUUGAUAGUGUUCCGCCUCCUAUCAGAGAAGAACGUCACCGGCCUAGGGACAUUGAGCUAUCCCCGCCGCCAAGAUCGGAGGGAAGAAGUCUCGCAGACAGAAUAUCUGCCCCUCGAUCAGCUGCCGUUUCCUCUAGGCCUCGAUCGCCUUCGCCCGUACGCGGUCCUGCCCCUUACCGCCCCCCUCGAAAUACAUAUCUGGGGCCACCCGCCGCUCGAGAUUUGCGAGACAUCCGGGAAUACCACCGACCGCCGUCCCCUCGACGUUACGCUGACCGAAGCCCGCCUCCACCGAUCGACGCUCCAUACCGGCCGCCUUACGAUACGAGGUACGGAGACCCCAGGAACUAUCCAGACCCGCGAGAUUCUCGAGACCCCAGGAAUGCGCCCGAGAGGUUCCGAGACAGAGAGUACGCUAGACCGUUGUCUAGAGACUUUGACCGGCCGCCCUCUCCACCUGGACGUGGCAGGGAAUUCAGCAGAUAUCCCGAGCGUGACCCUUACACAGGACCCCCUCUAGACUACCGUCCCGCGCCACCUGUUCCUGCAGUGAAUGAAAAUGUUUUGGAGACUAUCGAAAACCUCAAGGCUCAACUCUCUCACCUUCAACAGGCAGCGUUACAGCCAGCACCGUCCCCCUACCCGCCUAGAGAUCACGAUCGCGAGCGUGAGCGGGACAUUGAGCGUGAGCGAGAAAGGGAAAGGUUUGCCCGAUACGGUCCUCCUCCACGGGACUACCCUCCCCCGCCGCGGGACUAUUCUCCACCACCACCCCGAGGUCCUUAUCGCGAUUCCUCCCCUCCCUACCGCCGAGGGCCUUCGCCGCCACCCCUGCGAAGGGGUCCGUCUCCUCCUCCUAUCCGACGAGGUCCGUCUCCUCCAUUCUCCAGUCGAAGAGACCUUUCUCCACCGCCAAGCUCCCGACUGCGACGACCAGGUUCGCCCCCACCUCCCCCCCGCGGGGGCUACCUCCCUCCGAGGGAAUACGGGUACGAUAGACCUGACCCCACGCCAAAGAGGCGGCGGCUGAGUAUGGAGCCGGAUGAAUUGAGGGGCGGACCCGUGGUGUACAGAUGAAAGGGCACAUGCUGAUGUGCUUGAUGAGUGCUCUUGCAAUGUUUGAUAGAGAGGCGUUCAGAAGUUGGGAUCCGUUAUUGUGGCAGAUACGAGGUAUAUACUUGUAUGAAGACGGAAUGAAUUCAUGAA